AUGGGACAAGGAUCUUCUAUGCCUGGAGGCAAUAAUCUCAACAAAAAGAAAGAUGAUAAAAAAAAGGAAAAACCUAAAUAUGAACCACCAGUUGAAACUAAAUUUGGUAAAAAAAGAAGAAAAGGUCCUGAUACUGCAGUAAAAUUACCAAAUGUUUAUCCAAAUACUCGUUGUAAAUUAAAAUUAUUAAAAUUAGAAAGAAUUAAAGAUCAUCUUUUAUUAGAAGAAGAAUUAGUUUUUAAUCAAGAAGCUUUUCAACCAACUGAAGCAAGACAAGCAGAAGAAAGAGAAAAAAUUGAUGAAUUAAGAGGAUAUCCAAUGGCAAUUGGUACAUUAGAAGAAAUUAUUGAUGAUGAUCAUGCAAUUGUUUCAAGUACAGCAAGUUCAGAAUAUUAUGUACCUAUUAUGUCAUUUGUUGAUAAAGGAUUAUUAGAACCAGGUUGUUCAGUAUUACUACAUCAUAAAACUGUUGCAGUUGUUGGUGUAUUACAAGAUGAUGCAGAUCCAAUGGUUUCAGUUAUGAAACUUGAUAAAUCUCCAACAGAAUCAUAUGCUGAUAUUGGUGGAUUAGAAUCUCAAAUACAAGAAAUUAAAGAAUCAGUUGAAUUACCUUUAACUCAUCCAGAAUUAUAUGAAGAAAUGGGUAUAAAACCUCCAAAGGGUGUUAUAUUAUAUGGUGCUCCAGGUACAGGAAAAACAUUAUUAGCAAAAGCUGUUGCAAAUUCAACUUCUGCAACAUUUUUAAGAAUAGUUGGUUCAGAAUUAAUUCAAAAAUAUCUUGGUGAUGGUCCAAGAUUAUGUCGACAAAUUUUUCAAAUUGCAGCAGAACAUGCACCAUCAAUAGUAUUUAUUGAUGAAAUUGAUGCAAUUGGUACAAAAAGAUAUGAAUCAACUUCAGGUGGUGAAAGAGAAAUUCAAAGAACAAUGUUGGAAUUAUUAAAUCAAUUAGAUGGAUUUGAUGAUAGAGGUGAUAUAAAAGUUAUAAUGGCAACAAAUAAAAUUGAAAGUCUUGAUCCUGCUUUAAUAAGGCCAGGUAGAAUUGAUCGUAAAAUAUUAUUUGAAAAUCCAGAUUCAAAUACUAAAAAGAAAAUUUUAACUAUUCAUACUUCAAAAAUGAGUUUAGCUGAAGAUGUUAAUUUAGAUGAAAUUGUAACAGGUAAAGAUGAUUUAUCAGGAGCUGAUAUAAAGGCAAUAUGUACUGAAGCUGGUUUAUUAGCUUUAAGAGAAAGACGUAUGCAAGUAAAAGCUGAUGAUUUUAAACAAGCAAAAGAAAGAGUAUUGAAAAAUAAAGUUGAAGAAAAUCUCGAAGGUUUAUAUUUAUAG